GAACCAUAGUGUGAAUGUGAACGUGAAUCCUCUCCCCUACCUUCCUCUCCCCUUGCACCGUUCCAUUUUGUAAACCCUACCUUCCUCUCCCCUCAAAUCUCUUUCAUCUUACAAAUACCCUCUACUUUCAUCAAAAAAAUGCACCAAGACCAGUUAAUAUAUCCAUCCAACAUGUACACAAACCUCCCAUUCCCAAAAGACAAACGUCUGAAUUGCCCUAGAUGCGAUUCCGACAACACCAAAUUCUGUUACUACAACAACUACACACUCUCGCAACCACGUUACUUUUGCAAAGAUUGCCGACGUUAUUGGACCGAAGGUGGCGGUACUCUUCAUAAAUCGACUAAACCAUCUUCAACCUCCAACAAACGUCCGGCUGAUCUUUCAGUUGUCACAUCAGGUGAAAAGCGACUCAAGAUCCCGUUCGAGCAACCAAUAAUUCCUGCCAGGGAUGUUUACUCAAUGAUCACAAUAAACUUUAAUAACACAAACAUGUUGAGUCCAACAUCCUCUUCAUCUUCUCCCACUUCUCCGGCCACCCCUCUCAGCCGCUACGAGAGCCAGAAACGCCGUGACUGGAACACGUUCGGGAAGUACCUGCGCAACCACCGGCCGCAGGAAAAAGCAAGAGGGGGGCAACCUGUUAUUGCUGUUGGUGUAGGGCUCAGCACAUAUGACAAAGCAUAUGUACCAACAGUAGAGUCGAUUGACAGAACUUUAAGGAAUUUUAAUUCCGGCAAAGACCCAGUGCUACUUCAAUUUUGGGAAUCCACGCCUUCUAAUUCAGACGACAUGGGAUGCAAUCUUAUGUUGACAGAUCAAACCUUUAUGUCGGCUCCAGAUAAAGGACUUGAGGAGUACAGAAGGAGAUGUCUUGAAAGCCGUUGUCGUUUUGUUGGAUUAGAAACAAGUGUGGGCAACUGGUUAGCUGGCCGAGCCGCUCAAACUGGGCUUGCAGACCAUCGGACAAUGCAUCAUGUGCUUAAUCACAAAGAUCAACAUUCUGUAGACAUCGGAAACAGGGGUCAGUUAGUUUUGCCUGUGUACGAUGGGAAUAAACUUGUGGGAAUCAUUGAGCUUGUCACGUCUAUACGAAAAGAAAGUUAUGUUGACUAUCUUGAACAAAUUCAACAAUUGCUGAAGGAUGAGGGCUUAAAAUCCGGUUAUAUGGGGAAGACGAUAAAAGUUAAAUAUGAUAGUUAUUUGAUCAGGUUUACGCUGCCCCUUUUAGCUGAUAUCACAGACCUGCACAGGGAAGUCAAAAAGAGAUUUCCGGAAUUAGAACACCGAACAUUCCGUGUGGAGUAUGAUGACGCUGGAGGUAACCGUCUUCUUAUUUCGAGUGGUGAAGACCUCCGGGCUUGCAUAGCUGAGUCAAGUCUAAAAGGGGGACGGUUCAUCAAAAUGUGUGUUUUGUUACACACAUAGUAUGAUAACAUCUUUUUUGUUCUUUUUUUUUUUUUUGUUAUAUGUAAAGGGGGUUGCUGCCCAGGAUUACAUAGAUACAUUAACUGGGUAAUUAGUUAGGGUGGUGAGGGGUGGGAAACCUGGACGCCCCCGGGUAAUUCCACAUGGGAUUGGCCGAUUGGGGCCCCCACCCCGUUGAGUAGUUUGGCGGAGUAAGAAAUCCGAGUACUACUACUCGGGUGUGUGCAAGCAUUUGUUGUUUUUUUUUUUUGUUUUUUCUAAAUAGAUAUCUUAACAAAUUUUAAAAUGA